GCAGAAGAUCAACUUUGUCAGGUCCCACCCCACAACAUUCAUACAGAAACGCUCUUGAGAAGACACCGGGGAAGUAUGGGUGCAUCUCUAAUAAUGCUUAAAAUAAAAUCCUCAAGACUGGUCUACUGAAUACCAUAUCACAGAGGAUCUCUGAUCAGGACCUCCAAGGAUUCUUGUGGAGUGACAACCGUCGCAUCUCAUCAACCGUAGCCUAGUUGCUUUGCUUUGCAACCAUGGAUUUGACAUUGUGGCAGUACCAGUUUCGAAUCAUCAUGCUAGGAGAUUCCACUGUGGGCAAGUCAUCCAUGCUGAAGCGUUACACGGAGGACCUGUUUCUGGAGUGCAUCAACCAGACAGUUGGUGUGGACUUUUACGUACACUUUCUAGAGGUGGAACCUGGGGUACGGGUGAAAUUGCAGUUUUGGGAUACAGCUGGUCAAGAGAGAUUUAAGUCUGUGACUCGUUCAUAUUACCGUAACUCAGUUGGAGGUCUGCUGGUGUUUGACCUGGGCAACCGUGACUCUUUUGAGCACGUGCUGCAGUGGCACGAUGAGGUGCGCGAGCGCGUGCAUCCGUACAAUGUACUCUUCGUACUGGUGGGACACAAGAGCGACCGCGCAAAGGAAGGAGAGCGGGCGGUGGACCGGGCCGAGGCCGAAAAACUUGCAAGCCAGUUGGGAGCCGCUUACAUUGAGGCCUCAUCCAAAACCGGUCACAAUGUGAAAGAGGCCUUUGAACUGUUGACCCGGAGGGUUUAUCAGGGUUUGAAGAGCGGAGAAGUGCAAUUAAGGGAGGGUUGGGACGGAGUGAAAAGCUCAGGGCCUACGAUGGAAAAUCUCCAGAGGGUGCACAUCGAUAAACCCGCUGAGGAAAAAAAGACCUGUGCUUGUUAACUCAUGAUAUGUGGUUCUUUACAACUUAUGGAGCUCUUAAUAGGUCCUUAUCCUUAACACUAAGUUGGUUGGACUCUAAACAAGCAUACCUCAAAGGCCCAAGGUGUAAGAUUGAACUUAAAGGAAUAGCACUUUUAGGAGUACUUCGACUCGCCGGAAAAGUCCGCUCCCCUUCUCACUCUCAUAAUGGGAGAGGGAGGGUGUUACUGCGCCAAGUCGAAGUACUCCCAAAAGUGCUAUUACGCCAUAAAAUAUAGUUCCUCUUUUAAAUCCGCUUAGAAAAGCGCUACGUUUUAUUUUGUACCACCAAACUUGCUCGUAUAACUACUCGUCUUAAAUAGGAAAAACGUUGAUGUGUUUGGUCACUUCUAACUUUAUCUCUAAAUGGUACCAUUGAAUGAAUGGGGCUAAGCUAAAUGCUAUCGAAGCGUCGCAGCGCGCUCCAGCGCUUACGUGCACGCACACAGAUGAUAGAGGGAUGUAUCAACAAUUCUAAGUUAAGGUAAUAACAUAUUUUAAUAUUGAAAAUGAGUAGACUAUUCCUUUAAUUCAUUUGAACUUCAUCAUAGGAUGGAUUGAUUAAAAAACAUGUAUGGUACAGAAAACAGAUUUCCAAAAUAUUACACAAAUAUUCCUACAAAUUAUUUUAUAUUUUUCUUAUUCACUUCAGAUAGAAGUAUCAUAAGUUAUUAAGGUGGAGUCAAGUGAGAUUAUUAUUUAGUCAUAUAACUCACCAAAUAUGAAUUUAUUUUUAAGUUAUCAUUCAUAAACUGUUCAUUUUAAAGGUGCAGUGUGUAGAUUUUAGCGGAAUCUAGUGGUGAGGUUGCAUAUUGCACCCCUCCCUUUCGAAGCACAGAGAAGCUACGGUAGCCAUCACAGGACAAAAUUGUUAUCGUCUGAGACAACAUAGGUCCUGUCCCAAAUGGCACACUCCGGACUUGUGGUCCUCCUCAGAGUCCACACUUUGAUAACAUCACGUAGUCCAGACUUUAAGGACCCUUAAUACGAGUCCACGUGGGUGCAACGGAGUCGUAUUUUGGGACACUCGAGCGUCACACCGGAAAUAGGUAGAGAAGUUGCCUUCGCUGAAGACCGCAUCAAGGGGGCAAAGGAGGCGCUGAUGAGCACACUUCAAAGCGUAAAAAUGACAGAUGGGACACCCUACGGACUCGUGGACUAAGCGAGCACGCGCAAUUUAAGGCCACGAGACCGAAAGUCACAUGAAGUGCGCCAUUUGGGACAGGGCCAUAGUGACAAACGCACUCUGUAGAGCAGUUUGUCUGUUUAGGGACAAACUGAUGGUGCAAAAUGGCGGCUUCCAUGUAAGGGGACGCACUGUGUAUGUAGAUAAAAAUGUCUUUUUCUAAGGUAAUAAAAACAAUGCAAUUUAUUUUGUAAGGUCUUUAUACACCACUAAAAACAUAGUUAUCUAUAUUAUAUUGCAUUGAUGUCAAAAGAUCCUUCUAAAAUGUACACACUGCACCUUUAAUAGUACAGACUGUACUCUUUAUAAAUCCAUAAGAUUCUGCAGAAGGUAUUAAAGAGCAAGUCCUAUGCAUUUGUAAGUGACUACAGCAGCACAUUUACAUAUCAUGUGCGUUUUCUCUAAAUAUAUAUAUAUAUAUAUAUAUAUAUAUAUAUGACAUUUUUUCAAACAAAGAAAUAAACAAAACGGUAAAAAAGUUUCAUCUUAUUUUUAUUUGUUCUCUUUUAUAACCUCUUAAAUAUGGGUAGGUUUCUUCAAAAAUACCAAAUUUUGAGCAAAAAGCUGAAAUAAUUGCAUUUUUGUAAAAAAAAAAUUUUUUGCUUCAGUUUUUUUUAUAAGUUGGGUAAGAGCAUGUCAUUUGCAGGGAUAUUUUUUCUCUUAAUUGACAAGAUAACUCGUCAAUGGCGGGGAAAGAGUUAAGAGUUACCCUUUUUGUCCUGCAUUUGCACCCACUUUGGGUUUUGUAUGUGCACACCUUUUGAAUUUUUCUUGUUUUUUUUUUGUGUUUUUCCAAAAAAUAAACACAACCUGUUAAGCGAGUUCAGUGUGUCUUUAAUUCAUGAGAAGAAAACAGGUAACUGUAAAACACUGUGAUACAUGAGCAAAAAUAAUUAUAUCAAACUCCUCAAAAAUGUUUAAAUCCACCCACAAAUCCAUAGCGAGGGUUUAUAAUACCUCUAAAUGAACACACACAUAUAUAAUUCCUCUCUAACCGAUUUACACCUUAUACCCAGCAUAUAAUUAGUAAAAAAUUACUU